AAGCCAAUUCGCUCAAUUAAACCAGUCUUGAUUUGCAGCCAAGUGGGAGAAGAUCAUUAAAUAUUGCGUGGAAUUGCAUGAGUUUGCAAAAUGUAUCGUUCCAUAGUUUUUGCGGUGGUUUUAUGUCUCAUAAAAAGUAUGGGAUGUGAUGACACUGUUUCGUAUCCGGAAGUGGAAAUAGAAUCGGGUCGUUUAAUAGGAUCAUUUUCUGAAAAUCGGGUAGGCGUUAGGUACGCACAGUUUUAUGGAAUUCCGUACGGCCACGUGGAAAAACGUUUUGACAUUUCUACACCUGCAAAAUUAUGGACUGGGAUAAAGAACGCGACCGAUUCAGGGCCCGGAUGUGCCCGGUAUAGCAUGAUGGUUCCCGGAUUUGCUGGAGUUGAGGAUUGUCUAACAUUGGAUUUGUAUACACCAAAGAUCCGGAGCCUGAACGGAUCUAGUGAUUUACUUCCAGUCAUGGUAUGGCUGACUGGGGGUGGUUUUGUGGACGGGUUGGGAAGCUACUACGGUGGCAAAUAUUUCAUGGACCAGCUCGUAAUUCUGGUCACGGUAAAUUUUCGAUUAGGUGCUUUCGGAUUUUUGAACGCCGGAGUAAAAUCGGCACGUGGAAACCAAGGCUUGAAAGAUAUUGUACUCGCAUUAAAAUGGGUACAGAAUAAUAUUGAGGUCUUUUCCGGCGAUAAGAACAGGGUGACCAUAUUCGGUGAAAGUUCAGGUGGCGCUGCUGCCUCCUUGUUGACCGCAUCGCCCAUGGCGAAAGGGCUCUUUCAUGGCGCCAUACUUCAAAGCGGGACGGCCACGUGUCCCUACGUCAUGCGGGCAGGUGAUGGAAUCAAAGAGGCGAAAACAUUAGCUGUCGCGGUCGACUGCCCCUCCAGCCAUGGCGAAUACUUGGUCCAAUGUUUGCAAAAAGUUAAACCUGAAUUGCUCGCUCCACUGUCCAUUUUUUUCAAUGAAUUUGGAAUGGACUCCAGCGCGAUUCAUAUGGGUCCAACGGUCGAAACUUAUCCCGGGAUUGGGGACGAGGAUAACUCCACAUUUUUAAAAGAGGACCCUUACAGCUUAAUUUCAAGUGGAAACUUCCACAAGGUUCCCAUCCUUAUUGGAUUUGUUGCUAGUGAAGUGUUUGGUAUUUCGAAGAGAUUACUUGCUGCUGACAAAAUUAAGAAGAUAAAUUCGCAAUUUGGUCGCAUAAUCCAGUCCGCUCUGCUUUAUCAUGACACCGCGGAAGACCCCUCCUUCGUAACGGAACGAAUUCGACAGUAUUACUUUAACCGUUCGGAACUCACUCCGAGCAGUGGGGACGAUUUGGAACGCUUAAUCGGUGACAGAUCAAUAGUACACUGUACACGAAAGGUUGCUGCGGCCUAUGCAAAUUACACGACCGUGUACGCCUUCAAUUAUACGAAGAGCGAACCCGCCAGUGUGGGCACGAUUGAUACCGCGGUGACAACGUUGGAAGGGGACAAUCAACCCCCAAAACCGGCUGGUGAACGACCUCCCGCCCAUGCAGACGAGCUUGCGUACCUUUUCGAAAUGAGACCACCACUCGACAAAUUUUUCCCCAAGAUUACCAAGGAUAAUGAAACUUUUGAGUUUUCCAAAAAUUUCGUCUCACUUUGGACCUCAUUUGCUCUUAAUGGGAAACCUAGAAAAUUAUGGGGCGACAAGGGGACCGAGUGGACCCCACUGAAACCCAACAUGCGACAAGAAUACUUGCAAAUUAACGAGGAUCCAGUAAUGCUCGAGGUUAAUCAAGUUUUUGAAAAUAGCUGGAAAUUUUGGGACAGUCUUCCCCUUAAGGAACACGGUAAAAAGUGGGUGGCUGAGUGAAUAAAAAGUUGAACUAAUGCAUACAUAUAUAAGUUUCUUGAGCCAAGUGACAAACUUGGUUUAAAUUUAGUAAAUUACAUAAUCACAAUAUGUAUUUAUGUAUAUAUAACUUUUUCCGAAUGUGUAUGAAUGACUUAUCAAAAUUAGAAAAUCAAUAUUACUGUUAAGAAAUGAUACGAAUACGAUUGAAUAAAUUAAAAAAUUAGAUGACACA